CCCGAUCCAGAAGACUUUCUGAUCUAUUCCACUUAAUAAACGUUUUCGUUUAAACAAUUAUUAUUGCAACUGAAGUUAAUCGAAAUGUAUCUUAAAUUAAUGGUCUGAAAUCGAAUAUUGUAUACCGUUUACAAAAUGGAGGAGACAGAAUAUACAACGUUGAUCGAAUGGUAUUGUCAUCAAUUUUAUUAUAAUGGAAUGUUGCUACGUUCCAAGGAAGCUUGCGAAGCUUACCCUACGAGCGAACGUUUGCGAAUUCUUUUAAGUCUCGCGUACGCACUGACUGGAAAAACUCAAGAAGCUAUUAAAGAAAGCUCGAGCUUGCUGAACAACCCAGACGUAACAUUAGCAGCGUUGACUCUUCAAAAUAUAGCGUACACAAUCAGCGAGAACGUCGAAAGAGCAACCAUGAUGCAGAUAGACACAAGAAUCAGAGACGAGAGACGAAAAUCAUCCCCGAAUGCAUUGUCGUUGGCAGCCAUGGUGUUGUUGCUGUCGCAAAAAGUUGAUAAAGCUAAAGAUUACGUGGACAGAGCUUAUAAAUUAAAUUCGUCCAAUAUAAACGUUUUGUUAGCCAAAGGCUGGGUAGAUCUGUCCGUUGCGAACGAAAGCAGCUCGGAGGAGCCGAAUUUGUUUCAAGUUAUCUUGGAACAAGACUCGAAGAACGUGAAUGCUCUGCUGGGUUCAGCAAAAUAUAAACAGCAACAUGGCGACAGCGCCGGUGCAAUAUUAUCCUUAAACUCGUUGAUCGUACGUUAUCCCAAGCUGAGCUUGCCCCUGAUCGAAAAAUUGUACAAUCAGCUCUCGCUGAAAGAAUGGGAUCAAGCAUUGGAGACCGCCAACAGGAUAUCGUCGAUCGAUUCGAACAACUUGGACGCUAUGAAGGCGCACACGUUCGUAGUUCUUUGCAGGGAUGGAAAUUACAGCGAAGGUUUGAAGCAUUUGCAAUCGUUCUUCCGGAAUCUGAUGGCUACGGAACCGAGGAACGCGACCGUCUUCAUCAGCAACGUGCAACUGUUUCUGCGAUUGGCCUGCAAAAAUCAAGAAAUCCUGGCAGAACUGUCGAGAGCCACCGAGAAGAUGGUGCAACAAAAUUCGAAGAACGCUGACUUGAUGGUAGAGUUGGGUAAUUUGUACGUUUCGUUGAACAAGGCUAAGGACGCGGAACACUGGUACAGAAACGCAGUGAGGAUAAACGAGUCCUCGUUCGUUGCUUUGAUGGGGCUAGCGAAUUGUCAGCUGAUGGACGCCUCGGCUGAUGCUGCGGAAUUGGCGCAGCAACAAGUAGACUUUCUCAUGGAGAUACAAUCGAAUUCGAUAGCGGCCGAGUUGCUGUUCAUGUCCGCGAAGCUGCAAUCCAACGAUCCGACCAAGUCUCUCAAUUGUUUGGACAACGCAGCCAUGAUCAUAUUGAGCAAUUGCAAGUACAUACCCUAUGGGUACGCGUACAUAAAAAGAUUGAACCCCGACUUGUGCUUGGAAAUCUCUAAACAGCGUCUGGUGUAUUCGAUCACGAAGGACGCGACGAAUUUGGAACAGGAUGGAGCAUCCAAUCGAAAGGAACCGAGUUUGUAUUUAUUGGAACAGUUGACAGAGGCGUAUCCUGGUUUGGUCGAGGCGCAGUUGCUGUUGAGCAAAGUGAAAAUGCAGAUAGGGGAGUUGGACGGCGCCUCGAGCAUACUGAAGGAUCUGUUGGAGAACGUUGAUUCGUCAAACGCGGAGGCACAUUUGCUCAUGGCUCAAAUCCAGGCUCGUCGCGGGAAUUACCAACUGGCUUCGCAGAGCCUCGAGGUCGGAUUGAGCUACAACUUCAAGAUCAGGGACAAUCCGAUUUACCAUUUGAUCACGGGCAUAGUUCAGAAAGAGAACAGAGACGUCGAGGGCGCGAUAAAGAGCUUCCAGGCGGCCAUGUCGUACGCCGGGUUACAAUCCCGCGAGAACGUUAUGGAAACUGUGCGUAUCUCGACCUCCGACAUGGCGACUCUGUAUCUCGAGCUGAUCUCCGCGUACGGUAAAAUGAGACAAUUUGGCGAGGCAGUUUCCGCGAUGCAGGAUGCGAAAACGAAGCUGGGGAAUACCACGGAAGAAGGCAGAGUAUUAAUAGGACACGCGGAACUGCUCUUAGAAAUGGGAGAGCUGGACGAAUCCAUCCAAUGUUUGUCCAAAGUCACACCAGAUCAGCCGUAUUAUCUGCAAGCUCAUACGCGUUUGGCUGAGAUCAAUUUGAAACACAAGAAGGACAGGCACGCGUUCGCCAUGUGUUUCAGGGAAUUGGUAGAACAUUGUCCCGAUUCCAAGACGUACAGCAUGCUGGGCGACGCGUACAUGUCUAUACAGGAACCGGAAAGAGCCAUAGAGGCGUACGAAGAAGCAUUGAAACGAAACCCAACGGAUAAGUUUCAUAUAGCGAGUAAAUUGGGCAAAGCUCUCGUGAAGACUCACCAAUACACGAACGCUAUAAAUUAUUACUGGGAAGCUAUGAAACAGGACAAUUUCAAAGGCUUGAAGUUGGACUUAGCGAAGCUAUUCAUGACGAUGAAACAGUACGAUAAAGCGGAGGCUACGUUGGUACAGGAACUGCAAGAUGGUCGUCGAGACACGGAUAUACAAAGUUUAGAAGUGCGUGGCAAACUUCUGCUGCUGCUCGCGAAAACGCGAGAGAGAGCAGAUAACAUUAAGGGCGCUCUAUCGGCGCUCAAAGAGGCUAAAGAAAAUCAGCACAGGUACAUACAGCGUCUAGGAGGCUCCAACUCUGAUGAAGAGAAACAAACCUUGGCCAACAUCUGCUUGACAAUGGCGGAUUAUUCGACUUCUUUGAGGGACUACGAUCAGGCUAUAAUGUACUACAAGGAAGCUCUGAACCAUAAUCCAGCGAAUGUGCAAGCCUUGUUGUCAUUGGCCAAGCUAUACAUGCAGACAAACAAUUUGGACCGAUGCGCCCAAAGCUGCACAGCUUUGUUGAACGCAGAUCCGAACAACGAGGCAGCUUCGAUAAUGAUGGCGGACCUCGCGUUCAGAAAGGUCGACUUCGACACGGCAGCGUUUCACUUUCGACAAUUAUUGAUGAAGCAACCGACCUACUGGACUGCACUCGCAAGGCUGAUAGAAGUUUCUCGUAGAACAGGGGACAUGGACGAUCUCGAGGAAUGGCUUCACCGUGCAGAAGUGGGCAUGAGCGGAUCAAGCUUAGCUGCUGGAUAUUAUUACUGCGCUGGCUUGUUGGAUUGGCGCAUGGGAAGAUCAAAUUCUGCGCUGCGUCAGUUUAAUUUCGCCAGACGCGAUCCUGAGUGGGGUCAACAAGCAAUAUACAACAUGAUCGAGAUUUGCUUAGACCCGGAUGACGAUUCCUCUUUGUCGAACGAGGUCUUCAACGACGAGGACGCGGAGUAUCAAGACUCCAGAACGAUGGCCUUAAAAACGGCGUACCGUCUGUUGCAGGAGUUGAGUCCUAAAGGCAGUCCCCACGAAAUGUUAACGCACCGGCUGUUGAGCAACUUCUUCCUGCUAGCUACGAAACAGAAGUCGAACAUAGAGAAGGCGUUGCAGGAUUGCACGGCAUUGGCCAGCCAGGAGGCUCUGAGGGAUCACGUGGGACCUGCUCUUGGCAUGGCCAUGGCUCACAUCCUCCUGAAACAAACACCUCGGGCGCGGAACCAUUUGAAACGCGUCAGCAAGAACAUAUGGACCUUCGAGGAUGCGGAGUACCUGGAACGCUGUUGGCUACUGUUGGCCGACAUUUACACGCAGUCGAACAAGUACGACGAGGCUAACAAGCUCCUGAAACGCGUUUUGCAACACAACGUGACCUGCGUCAGGGCACACGAACUAUCGGGCUACAUAGCCGAGAAGGAGCAGAAUUAUCGCGAGGCCGCGUCGCAAUACUGUCAAGCGUGGAAGUAUGGCGGCAAAGCAAAGCUGUCGGUCGCCUACAAGUUGGCUUACUGCUCCAUGAAGGCGAAAUCGUACGCGGAGGCGAUCGAGGUCUGCAACGAGGUGCUCAAACUGAACCCGGAGUAUCCGCGCAUCAAAAAGGACAUUUUGGAAAAGUGUAUUAACAAUUUGCGAACGUAA